CAAGCAAUCAUAGGAAUCAUCGCCAUGAAAAAAAGGUUUUAAAGCCAGCAAAAAACCACAAACCCCUUUCUUUUCCGAUUUUGUCCUUUGCUUCUAGCCUUAAAUUAGUGCCCUUCGUCACUCUCUCCACACCCUUCACUCUACCUCAUCUCUCUCUCCUCCUUGUUUUUUCCCUUUCUGCCAUUGUUCAAUCAAUCAAAGCAGGUGAAAUUAAUUGAGGAAUUCUUCCAUUUUGUUGUUGUUGAGAAAUACAGAGAGAAAAAAUGGCGCUUAGGCUUAGCAUUACUCCCCACAAGGUAUCUUCGUUCCCGGGUUAUCAGCUCAGAUCUCACCGAGUUUCCAUGUCUUCCACUCUUCAUUCCCCAUCCAAAGACGUUGGAAAAGACAAAAAGCCCUUCACACCGCCCCGUGAAGUUCGUUCGCAAGUGACUCACCCUUUAGCACCAGAAAAACGCGAGAUCUUCAAUUCACUCCACGGUUGGGCGGAAGACAACAUCCUCGUACUCCUAAAGCCCGUCGAAAAAUGCUGGCAGCCAAACGACUUUCUUCCGGACCCUUCUUCCGAGGGCUUCCAAGAACAAGUCAAGGAGCUUCGUAAAAGAUGCAAAGAUAUUCCCGACGAGUAUUUCGUUGUUUUGGUCGGUGAUAUGAUUACCGAGGAAGCUCUCCCCACUUAUCAAACUAUGCUCAAUACACUAGAUGGGGUCCGCGAUGAAACGGGUGCGAGUUUGACCCCUUGGGCUAUCUGGACAAGGGCUUGGACUGCUGAAGAGAAUAGGCAUGGUGAUCUUCUCAACAAGUACCUUUAUCUCUCGGGGCGCGUGGACAUGAGGCAAAUCGAGAAAACGAUUCAGUACUUGAUUGGAUCGGGGAUGGAUCCACGCACAGACAAUAACCCGUACCUCGGAUUCAUCUACACAUCAUUCCAAGAGAGAGCAACUUUCGUCUCCCACGGGAACACCGCCAGGCUGGCAAAAGAACACGGCGACCUAAAACUAGCCCAAAUCUGCGGCAUAAUAGCAGCAGACGAGAAACGCCACGAAACAGCCUACACCAAAAUCGUCGAGAAGCUAUUCGAGAUCGACCCAGACGGCACAAUACUAGCCCUAGCAGAUAUGAUGAGGAAGAAAAUCUCUAUGCCAGCUCAUCUAAUGUACGAUGGCGCGGACGAUAAUUUGUUCGAUAAUUUCUCUUCCGUGGCUCAGAGGCUCGGAGUUUAUACUGCAAAGGACUACGCGGAUAUAUUGGAGUUUUUAGUGGGGAGAUGGGAGGUGGAGAAGCUGACUGGACUUUCCGGCGAGGGGAGAAAAGCACAGGAGUACGUUUGUGGGUUGACACCUAGGAUUAGGAGGUUGGACGAGAGAGCUCAGGCGAGGGCGAAGAAGUCUUCUCCGGCGCCGUUUAGCUGGAUUUUUGGUAGGGAAGUUAUGCUUUGAUUUUUCUUCAUGUAGGUGCGCACUUUCUGAAAUUAUGAAUCCUUUGUAAUGUUUUUUUUUUUUUUUUGUUGUCUUUGAUUUUGAUGAAACUUUGUCGUUUUUUGUUUAUGUUGAAUGUAGAUACACUUGUUUG